AUGCCCUCCAUCCCCAUCACCGUCUUCACUGGCUUUCUCGGCGCUGGAAAGACCUCUGUCAUCCUCUCUCUCCUUCCAAAGCUCCCCAAGGACUACAAAGUCGUUCUGCUCAAGAAUGAGUUUGGAGAUGUGGAGGUAGAUAGCAAGCUCGCCAACCAGUCUUCCCUCACAGCCGUCAGCGAGAUCCUCAAUGGAUGCAUGUGUUGUGUCCUGGUAGGCCAGAUGCAAAAUGCUCUUUUGGAAAUUCGUGAUAAUUAUCGACCGGAUCGAAUUAUCAUAGAAUGCUCCGGCUCGGCGUUUCCAGCCACCUUGGCCUUCCAGAUCCGUCAGUUAGAACGCGACACGGGGGGCGACUUCAAUCUUGAUGCUAUCGUCACCGUCAUCGACGCUGAGAAUUUCGUCGGAUACGAAGACACCUCGCCCACUGCAAGGAUGCAGGCCAGCUACUCGGACAUUAUACUCAUCAAUAAAUGGGAACACGUUUCAGAACGUUCGCUCGAUAUCGUGAUGGACCAUCUGCAUACCCUGAACGAUACCACCCCAAAAAUCAAAUGUCAAACAAGGAACGGGGUCGACCCGGGCCUGAUUUUUGGCCUCCAAUCAAAGCACUUCUUGUCCGACCCCAAGUCCGCUCCAGUCGACCACGAUGAAGUCGAGACCUUGACUCUGGGACGGGCAGGAAUUGUCCAUCAUAACCACAGCCAUGCUUCUUCUGAGGAGACUGAUACUACUACAAUGGAAAAAACAAAGCUGAUACAAGCACUCGAACUAGUCCCGAAAGACACGGUUUGGAGAGUCAAAGGUUUUGUGAGACUUGACGAUGGAAAAGUGUAUAUACUGAACUGGGCAUUUGGUCGAUUUGAACUCACCGAGUACACUGGGGAUGAUAUUCGAGAUUCAGUGCGAUUCACAGUAAUGGGUUCGCGGGGAGAGGUGGGCCGGGCAGUAACCAAGUUCGUGGCCGCGUUGAAAGCUUAG